AUGCUAAGUCUCGCAGGCGGCUCUACACCAUCCAUUGCCGCGAAAUGCACAAUCCAAAGAGGCUUCAGGGUCCGGUCCGUUGCUGGGUUCCCUUCUUUCCUUCCCAAAGAGGUCGAGAAGAUCAGAGACCCUUUCGCUCGAAAGCUGGCUGCACGAAUCGAAAGGCUGCCUGUGAGUUUUGGAGAAAAUUGUGUGAUGAGUAGUUGUGUGAAGCCAUUGGUACAGAGCAACGCAAGUCCAGUGGUUCUUCUCCAUGGUUUUGACAGCUCCUGUUUAGAAUGGAGAUACACUUAUCCAUUGCUUGAGGAAGCUGGCUUGGAGACUUGGGCUGUUGACAUUCUUGGCUGGGGUUUCUCUGAUUUGGAAAGACUUCCCUCCUGCAAUGUGGCCUCUAAGCGUGACCAUUUUUUCCAGCUUUGGAAGUCCUACAUCAAAAAGCCAAUGAUAUUGGUUGGACCAAGCCUUGGUGCUGCUGUUGCAAUUGACUUUGCAGUCAGCCAUCCAGAAGCUGUCGAAAGGCUGGUUUUGAUUGAUGCAAGUGUGUAUACAGAAGGCACUGGAGAUCUAGCAAGCAUGCCUAAAAUGUUAGCCUAUGCUGGAGUAUAUUUAUUAAAGAGUCUCCCACUGCGCUUCUAUGUAAACUUUUUGUGCUUCAGUGGCAUAUCACUCAGUACCAGUUUAGAUUGGACUAAUGUGGGCCGCUUGCAUUGUCUGUUUCCUUGGUGGGAGGAUGCAACUGUGGAUUUCAUGAUGAGUGGGGGUUAUAAUGUUAGCGCCCAGAUAGAACAGGUAAAACAGAAGACUCUUAUCAUAUGGGGUGAGGAUGACCAGAUUAUUAGCAGCAAGCUUGGAGUGAGAUUGCACUGUGAACUGCCAAAUGCAGUUAUACGACAAAUACCAGAUUGCGGACACCUUCCUCAUGUGGAAAAACCAAGCUCUGUUGCUAAAAUAAUUGUGGAAUUGGUUCAACAAGAUCAGUACAAAGAGGUUCAAUGUACUUCUCAAUUUUGA